AUGAUUUCAAUUGAUAAUCCUUCUACAUCCAACAUGAAAAACGAGCCUUUAAAAGCAAGAUCUCUAGGAAAAGGAGUCAUACGGAUCUACAGAGAAUAUGAAGAGGAUAUCCUUUCAAAUAGUCCUCAAGAUCAAAUAAUACAUCCUGAUGAUGAAACCAUGGUGUGUAUUGUUGCCAUUCCAACAUACUUAACAGUCACUGAUUUAUUAGGGUUUCUAGGUGAAUCAUAUGUCUCUCAUAUUACACAUUUGAGACUCCUUAAAAGUGAAAAACCCAAUCGAUUCAUCUCUCUUGUGAAAUUCGAUGAUGUUAUUAAAGCUGCAGAAUUCCAGUAUAAGUUCAAUGGUAAAGCCUUCAACUCCAUGGAACCAGAGACUUGUCAUGUGGUCUUUGUCAAGGCAGUAGAACUUGAUAUCUCUGCCCAACUUGAAAUUGAUCAGUCUAGUAGUAGCGACUCCCAAAUCCCAUUCCUUCUAUUAGAUCCUUUCACAGGAUCUUUGGAGGGAAACUCAAUUGCAGUUGCUGACUCUUCAACUUCCAAAUCUGGUGAUUCUCUAGAAGUAUUACCUGAGGCAAAGACUCUUAUCGAGUUGCCUUCAUGUCCUGUAUGUCUCGAAAGAUUAGACUCUACAGUCUCGGGACUAUUAACCAUUCCAUGCCAACAUACUUUCCAUUGUGAGUGUCUUUCUAAAUGGAAGGAUGAUUCUUGUCCAAUUUGUCGAUAUUCAAAUUCUGUUUCGAAGCCACGAUUAAGAAGACCAUCUCGGAGACUCCUGCAACUCAAUCUGUUUCGGUUGUCUCGGACAAACUCCAACUCUCGGAGUAAUAGCGUCGUGACCCCAAUACCUUUACUGUCGAGUGAUACGGAAACCGGUGACAAUGAGCAUUGUAACCAAUGUAAUAUCGAAACAAAUUUGUGGAUAUGUCUUGUAUGCGGGAACAUUGGAUGUGAUAGAUAUGCUGCGGGACAGCAUUCAUUAAAGCAUUUUGUUGAUACGGGUCAUUGCUUUGCUAUGGAAUUAUCCACCUCAAGAGUUUGGGAUUACGCGGGUGAUAACUAUGUUCAUAGGCUUAUUGCCAAUGAGGCAGAUGGAAAACUAGUAGAACUUCCGGAAAAGAUGAAAAGUGACGGUUCAGAAGAGAAACAAAGUAUUUUGAGUCCAGAUAAAUUGGAUCAAGUCGGGUUUGAAUAUUCCCAGUUAUUGAUAAGUCAGCUUGAUAGUCAAAGAGAUUAUUACGAGAAGCUUCUAGAGGAAAAACAGAUAAUCGGGGGAAGUUCCAAGAGUAAUAAGAAUAAUAUAGAAGGUAAAUUGGAAAAGAGUUCACAAGACCAGUUAAACUCAUUAAAUGAACAGAUGCUGACAUUGAAAGAACAAUUGGAUGGAAUAAAAAGCUCAGUACCAUCUUUAAAGCAGAAGCUAGCGAUGAAAGAGGAUAAAGUCAAAUCACUAAGUAAAGAAUUGAGUGUGGCCAAUACUGUUAAUGAUGCCCUUGGAAAGAAAAUAGAUUACCUCACCGCAAGUAAUGGGGAAUUAAAGAAUCAAAUACUGAGCUUGAAGGAAGAGAACGCCUCAUUAAAUGAACAGGUUACGGAUUUGAUGUUCUAUCUUGAAAGUAGAGACAAAUUCAAAGAUCAGCCAGAGGAUGUUCGAGAUGGAACUAUCGUUAUCAAUCAGCCCACAAAGUCGCAAAAGAAGACAAAGCAAAAGACUAAAUAA